UGCAUGAGGGAGACACACAGGAAACAAGAGAAACACACACACAGAGAGAGAGAGAACUUUUCUCCUCAGAGACUCUCUGCAACACACCGGUAAACACGAUGCGGGCUGCUCUUCUUCUGCCGCUGCUGUUUUUAGUCGCUGUGUCUGUCGCUGCAGCCGGAGGGAAAAACAAGAAAGAGAAAAACAAACCCUCCCCGGCCGGGUCAGGAUGCACCGACUGGCGCUAUGGCAACUGUGUCCCUAGCAACGGGGACUGUGGAGCCGGGUUUAGAGAGGGGUCGUGUGACCAGCAGACCAAGAAGAUGAAAUGUAAAGUGCCGUGCAACUGGAAAAAGGAAUUUGGAGCUGACUGUAAGUAUCGGUUUGUGAGCUGGGGAGAGUGUGAUCCACAGACUGACCUGCGGACCAGAACAGGGACCCUGAAGAAGGCUCUGUUUAACCUCGAGUGUCAGCCGACCAUCACCGUCUCCAAGCCGUGCCCUGGAAAAACCAAAUCAAAAAACAAAGGAAAGAAGAGAAAAGGCAAGGGGAACUAGAGGAGCGAAGAAGCUCGAGGGACGAACACAACCAGCUGUUCAAUGACUGUUCAGCGACCCCGACGUUUACUUUCAUAGCAUUUCUCUUCAUGCAUUAUUAUUCAGGCUUCCUCAACCAUACAGAAAUGGAUCUGUGCAACAUUAUCAUUCAAAAUAUUCUCUUUAAGGCUUUCUGUGUCGUAUCACUGCCAAAUCUUUCGUUGAAUAAAUGCAUCCGGGCAUCGCCUCCACCACUUGGACGGAGCUUUUUUUAAACUCCCAAGAUUUCCGUUUGCUUUUGGACUGGAUCUUUUAGAUAAUCUUGGACGUGUCGGGUGCAUCCACACACAAAUGGUUUCUUUUAAAGUUUGGUUUCUGGUUCGAUUAAAUCCAGCCAAGGAUCAACACUUUUACGAGCUCAAACUAACAUAGCUUCUUGUAGAUCCAUUUGCAGUUUGAAUUCUAGUUUCAUGAAUUCACUUGACUUUCUUUUUUAAACUGAAUAUUGUUCAAUAUUCUCUCACUUUAGACUUUUUUCUUUCACUCUGUAAAAGGUUUUGCUGCAAAAGUAUUUCUCCUUUUUUUUCUUUUGUUUAUCAAAAUAAAGGCUUGAGUUGGA